AUGAUUGAGUCAGAGUGGGGAGACCCCCCCAUCAGCUCAGACGACGAGGGGGGCCCCCCUAGCCCUUCCCUGGGGGCCCCGGGGGCCCCGGGGUCCCCCGGGGGCCCCAGGGGCCCCUGUUGCCUCUGGGGGGCCCCCCUGCUGCAUGCAGCGCAGCAUAAGGGGGCCCCCGCUGCGUUGGGUUCAUGUGCCUUUUGCUGCAGCGGCAGCUCCCGCGGCUGCUGCAGCCUUUGCUGCUCCAGGAGGGGCCUCCAGGGGCCCCCCCAAGGGGCCCCUGGGGCCCCCCAGGGGGCUCCCGCAGAGUCCCCCGCUGCUGCAGCUGUGGGGGCCCCCCAAGAGGGCCCCCCGGGGGGCCCCCCGGAAGGCCCCCCAGGGUCACCUUUUAGCCCGCAGGGCUCUUCUGGGGGCCCCCCGCGGGCCUGCGGGGCCCCCGGCGCCGCGAGCCAGGCCCCCAGCAGCAGCAGCAGCAGCAGCAGCAGCAGCAGCAGCAGCGAGGGGAACGGCGUGGCGGCGCUGCGGGACAACAGCAGCAGCACCUUUUGGCAGUCCGAGGGUUUGUCUCCGCACGCGGUGUCUCUACAGUUCAACAAGGAGUUGAAAAUUGCCCGAGUGGAUAUUUUGUUGAAUUUGCAUUUGGACGAAAGUUACACUCCCAAAAGAGUCCAAAUCAAACUCGGGUCUUGCCCCGCAACUCUGCGUGUAGUAAGAGAUGUGGAAUUCGCUGCAGCAGAUGAACAAAACUGCUGGUGGGGAAUUGAACUCAACGCAGUGCAUGCACUCAAGGAAGCAAAUGGCCUGGAAAGUGCAGAAGACGAGUUGCUGAGUUUGCCCCUUCCAGGUGUACAUACACCUGAAUAUCUCAGAGCUGCUUGUCUCCAAAUUUCUGUUCUUUCCACUCACCAGCAAGGCAGAGACACGCAUAUUCGACAAGUUAGGGUAUAUGGCCCCAUGGAAGACUGCGACGAACGAGAAGCAGCUCCUCCGGCGGCCUUUGCCCCCGAAAUGUCCUCAAUGCCAAAUGAUGCGGUGUACGCGCUGUCGCUCGCCCAUGAAGGUGUCGAUACACCCCAGCCCAGCUACAGGGGAAGAGAAGCACAAAUGAGCAGCAGCAGCAGCAGCAGCAGCAGACACUGGAGCCAGGACUUUCUUGCUGCUCUAACUACUACUCAAACCACUCUCCUCUAG